AUGGCCAUACGAAGAUCACUAUCAAUAUCGGAACUAGCAGAUUCGCCUUCAGAUUCAACACACCAUGAGACCGCAAUAAGUGCCCUUGUUAGUAAUUCUGACAGCGAUGACUCUAAGUUAAAAAAAGAGCAGCCAAAGGAAGGAAAGAAAAAAGAUUCUCUUCGAAGAUGCAAAUCCUUUCCGUUUAGCGGACAAAGAAAACAUAGCGAAGAAACUCAGCCAGGUAAGUGGAAGAGCGCUUGGGAAAAAGAGAGAGGAUAUGUUACAGACCUUAUAGCAGAAAACCAACCCGUCAAGAAUCAACCUCAACUCUCCUAUUUUGCCUAUCUUGGUGCCAGAUCCCCACAUUUUGUGCGUUACCAAGCCGUUUCGAGCGAUGCAGAUGUCAUUAUUAACCUUGGGAGAGAUAUCAUCUCUCAAAAUAGGGCCACUGAUCGUACAAAUUCUACGGAAAGAAGGGAAUUCCAGGGUGAAUCUGUUUAUGCUAGCGAGCCGUUAAAACUGGAUAGAACACAACUGAUAGAGUGCUGUACUUGUAUGUGCUGUAUCAAAGCUGUAUUUUAUCAUUGCACCAAGGACGACGAAGAUUCAGGGAGAAACUGGGCCGACGAGCCUUGCUCGUGUGAGGAACCUGGGACCGAUUGUGCGGCUAGAUGGUGCAUCAUGGGAAUCUUUUCUCUAUUCAUUCCUUGUUUGGUCUGUUACCCUGUCAUGAAUAUCUGCUCUGACAUUUCUUUUAAAUCACUGGGUAAGCAGGACAGUAAGGGAAGGAAAGAUUGCCGCUCUUGUCUAUCGAUAGUGAAUUAG